AUGGACUACCAGAACCGCGCUGGCUCCAAAUUCGGCGGUGGCGGCGUAGCCUCCGCCUCAGCAACCAACGCCGACCGCCGCGAACGCCUCCGCAAACUCGCCCUCGAAACAAUCGACCUGGACAAAGACCCUUACAUUUUCAAAAACCACGUCGGCAGCUUCGAAUGUCGCCUCUGUCUGACCGUACACCAAAACGACGGUUCCUACCUCGCUCACACCCAAGGUCGCAAACAUCAAACCAAUCUAGCCAGGAGAGCAGCCAGAGAAGCACAACUAGGCAAAGACAGAGAUCAGAAUUUGACGGGCUUGAAUACGGUGCAGGUCAAGAGAAAUGUGGUAAAGAUUGGAAGACCGGGGUAUAAGAUUACGAAGACGAGGGAUCCGUUGACCAGACAGUUGGGUUUGCUGUUUCAGUUGCAGUAUCCCGAGAUUUCGCAGGAUGUGCAGCCCAGAGUCAGAUUCAUGUCUGCCUUUGAGCAAAAAGUCGAAGAGCCGGAUAAGCAAUUCCAGUACUUGCUGGUCGCUGCUGAGCCCUACGAGACUUGUGCUUUCAAGCUCCAAGCUCGUGAAAUCGAUCGCUCAGAGGGGAAGUACUGGACUUGGUUCGACGAGGACAACAAGGAGUUCUGGGUUCAGGUCACCUUCAAGACCGAGAGAGAGGAGAGAUACAGCGGUGUGCCUGGUCUAGCUCCUAGACGUUGA